GUGGUCGGUUGCAAACCAUCAUUGUAGAGCAAAAUGUUCAAGUUAAGCAUUGUUGUACUCGUGUUCUGCUUGGCAUAUGCCGUUUAUUGCGCAGAUCGAUAUGACCUCAAAGAAGAAGUUCUCGAUGGCAACCUUGUUGAUGUGAUGGAGAAACGUUCUGCUCAAAGACCCCCCUCUCUGAAGACACGCUGGGGACGUGCCGAUGAAGAACGAGACCUUUUGGUGACGAAGCGUGCAGCCCAAAGACCACCUUCGUACAAACUGCGCUUUGGACGCUCGAAGAACCGACGACAAUCAUCCAACUCUAACUAAAGGACUGGGUGAAUCGCGGACUCAAUCGAUGCAGUUAAAGUAGGAAGCCAGGAAGUUCCAAUCCAUUGUAGAGUGUUGAUUUUAGCAACAAACAUGAGAUACAUUUCUACGACAGAUACAAUUCUGCAAUACAUAAUUGGUUAGAAACUUUAA